AUGUCUCUGCCUGACUUUUCGAACGCCGACAACCUGGCUAAGCUCAACGACUUUCUGAGCUCGAAGUCGUACAUCGACGGUCACGAGGCCUCGCAGGCCGACGUGGCCGUUUACGAGACCAUCAAGGGCCCCGUUGACGCGGCUAAGUACCCCAACGUGUCUCGUUGGCAGGAGCACAUCAAGUCGUUCGAGGCUGAGCACGCUGGUCUCUCCGGCGACAAGGCCAAGGCGGCUGAGCUCCUCAACUUCGGCAACGCUGAGGAGGACGUUGACCUGUUCGGCUCGGACGACGAGGAGGAGGAUGCUGAGGCGGCCCGCAUUAAGGCUGAGCGUGUGAAGGAGUACGAGGCUCGCAAGGCGGCUAAGGGUCCUGGUCCCGUCGCCAAGAGCGUCGUCACCUUCGAGGUCAAGCCUUGGGACGACGAGACCAACAUGGAAGAGCUCGAGAAGGAGGUCCGUGCCAUUGAGAUGGACGGUCUCGUCUGGGGUGCUAGCAAGCUCGUCCCCAUUGGCUACGGUGUGAGCAAGCUGCAGAUCACCAUUGUGGUCGAGGACGACAAGGUGUCGAUGGACGAGCUCCAGGAGCGUGUCCAGGAGAUUGAGGACUACGUCCAGUCGUCGGACAUUGCUGCGAUGCAGAAGCUCUAA